GCCUUCCACUGCUCUGAGAUAAAAGUCCCAGCCCUGUCCUGGGGAAGCCACUAGGCUCAGUCACAGUACCUGUGGGAGCAUCAUGGCCAUGACACUGGGUUACUGGGACAUCCGUGGGCUGGCUCACGCCAUUCGCCUGCUCCUGGAAUACACAGGCUCAAGCUAUGAAGAGAAGAUAUACUCGAUGGGGGAUGCUCCUGACUAUGACAGAAGCCAGUGGCUGAGUGAGAAGUUCAAGCUGGGCCUGGAUUUCCCCAAUCUGCCCUACUUGAUUGAUGGCACUCACAAGAUCACCCAGAGCAAUGCCAUCCUGCGCUACAUCGCCCGCAAGCACAACCUGUGUGGGGAGACAGAGGAGGAGAAGAUCCGUGUGGAUGUUUUGGAGAACCAGGUUUGGGACAUUCGCAUGCAGCUCGUCAAGCUCUGCUACAGCCCUGACUAUGAGAAACUGAAGCCUGAGUUCUUGGGAGGCCUCCCUGACAAGAUCAAGCUCUUCUCACAGUUCCUGGGGAAAAGGCCUUGGUUUGCAGGGGACAAGAUCACCUUUGUGGAUUUCCUGGCUUAUGAUAUCCUUGAUAUACACCGAAUGUUUGCACCCAAGUGCCUGGAUGCAUUCCCCAACCUGAAGGAUUUCAUUUCCCGCUUUGAGGGACUGAAGAAGAUCUCUGCCUACAUGAAGACCAGCCGCUUCCUCCCAAAGCCUCUGUUUUUAAAACAGGCCACGUGGGGUAACAAGUAAGGGCCCUGUAGUGGCAAGACUCACAGGAAGGAUCUGUCUGCACCUGUUGCCCUCUUGCCUGGCUCCCAGCACUGCUGCCUCAGUCUUCUCAAUCCUUUCUCCUUUCUCCUCCCUUCCCUGCAAGGGCCUUAUCUCCUUAUAUUCAGGCCCUCCUGCAGUUGAGCCUCUGUAAGUUUUAGAUCCCUGUUUCUUCAACCAAGUUCCUCACUUUCUUGUCCUCGCCUUGAAUCUAACCAUGUAGUCCUGCUUGGAGGAACUUGACUGACCUCAGACCCCUGAAGCAUCUGAACCACUUUUGUGUGUUCAGGUCCUGGUUCCCGGUGUGGGGGCUGCCCAGACCUAUGUUACCCCCAGUAAAGCCUGAGCCACACUUGCUCUGUGUCUUGUCUUAUUGCCUCUGAUCCUCUGGGCCAUGUUCAUGAGGUUGAAGUUCUUUGUUCUGUUGUCCACAGCUGGGCUGGGUGAGGAGAUAUAUGGUGUGUAGGUUGUUGCCAUCCUGAUUCCUGCAGAAGGUGCUCCUUCUGUGCCAGGCAGCCCACUGGCUCAGGAGCACGUGGUUCUUCCGGUAGGCAUGCACAGCAUGUGUCAUGCUUCAGAGAAGCGGUGCUGAUACAAAGGAUCCACACAUCAUGGGCCAACCACCUUCUGACCACCUCUCCUGGAGCCUUCUCUGAUCUAGAGAUUGACCUCUCUACUCAAGAUAUUUACACAUAACCUUUUCCUGGCAAAUU